AUGGCGCGGAAGAGAAAUCGUUCUGAGCUCCGUCUGUUUGUUUUGUUAAUACUUGUUGUUUUGCUGCAUUUAAUAGUUUGUCCUUUUACUAAAGUCGAGGAGAGUUUCAACCUGCAAGCCAUUCAUGACAUUAUUUACUACAGACUUGAUUUAGAGAAGUAUGAUCAUCAUGAGUUCCCUGGCGUGGUGCCUCGUACCUUUAUUGGCCCGUUGUUCAUAUCUGCACUCUGCUCACCCAUGGCAGCUGUACUCUCCCACUUGGAGGCACCAAAGUUUUACACCCAAAUUAUGGUACGGGGCGUUUUGGGAUUUUGUGUCUGCUUGGCCCUGUGGCAAAUGCAGAAAGAGGUGAAGAGACAGUUCGGGUCUCGGGUCUCGUGCUUUUUCUGUCUUAUCUGCAUCUCGCAGUUCCAUCUGAUGUUUUACAGCACCAGGACUCUGCCAAAUAUAUUUGCCCUUCCUAUAGUUUUGCUGGCAUUCACAUCCUGGAUGGCCCAGAGACACGGUCAGUUCAUCAUGCUCUCUGCCUUCGUCAUCAUCGUGUUCCGUUCAGAGCUGUGUCUCCUACUUGGACUGAUGCUCUUGGUGUCACUUCUAUCCAGGAAACUCAAGAUCCCAAAGCUGCUCUGCUAUGCCAUACCUGCUGGCAUUUUAGCACUAGGUCUUACUGUUGCUGUCGACUCGGUGUUCUGGAGGAAGCUGCUCUGGCCUGAGGGUGAGGUGCUCUGGUACAACACCUUCCUGAACAAAAGCUCCAACUGGGGAAUCUCACCUUUCCUCUGGUACUUCUACUCUGCUGUCCCUCGAGCCCUCGGCUUCACCAUCCUCCUCGUACCGUUUGGGCUUUUGGAUAGGCGGAUGCGCACACUGCUGAUGCCAGCGAUGGGUUUCAUCCUGCUCUACUCCAUCCUGCCACACAAGGAGCUGCGCUUCAUCAUCUACACAGUUCCUGUCUUCAAUAUAGUGGCUGCUCAGGGCUGUUCUGUCAUUUUAAACAACUACAAGAAGUCACAGCUUUAUAAAAUCGGGUCUCUGGUUGUAAUCUGCCAUUUGGUGGCAAACUGCGUGUACUCAGGUGUUUCGUUAUACGUUUCACAACACAACUACCCAGGAGGCAAAGCCAUUCAGGAACUGCACAAAUUAGUGCCAGCUAGUUUAGACGUGUCCGUACACAUAGACGUUCUCGCAGCACAGACUGGAGUCUCACGCUUCACGGAGCUGAAUAGCAGGUGGAAGUAUGACAAGAGAGAAGACCUGGAACCUGGAGAUUUACUUAUGAACACUUACUCACAUAUACUGAUGGAAUCCAACACAACCAGAAUAUCUUUGCUUAGCAGCUCUCACAAACCUCUACUAUUUAUCCAAGGAUUUAAGCGUCGGGUACUGAAUAUUACCCAGUUUCCACCAGUCAGUAUUAAACUGGAGGAUAAGUUAGUUCUUCUGGAAAGAGUGGGACAAUCCAAGACCAGCAGAUGAUGUAAAGAACAAUGGAUGGACUUAUAAGGGUUAAGGUUGAAUGUAUGUGUAACUAUACUUGAAUAUAUAGGGUUUUUUUUUUAUAGAAUAAAAAUCUAUCAAUUUUUAA